ACUAGCCUCACUCAGUCAGUCCCAUGACUGCUGAAACUCUUCACUGAGAAAGACAUCACAUCCCAGACAGAGCACACCAUGGGCGUCCAGGGAUUGACCAGCUUUAUGGAGGAGAAUGGAAACAUUUUAAAAGAUGUUCACUUCAGAAACAGCAAGUUGAUCAUCGAUGGUAGUAAUCUGUUCAACUUGCUUUAUUUUAACUCACGUUUGGAUCAGAGUCAUGGAGGGGAUUAUGAUGCUUUUGAGGACCAGGUCUGCAAGUUCUUUAAGGCUCUGAGAGACUGCGACAUUGACCCCUUUGUGAUUGUAGAUGGGGGCUCCGACUACACCGACAAAAAGUUUGAUACUCUCAAAAAACGAGCUCUAUCAAGGAUCAACACUGCCAACGACUUAUCCAUGGGGCUUCAGGGGAGCGGUGGUAUAUUACCAACCCUCAUCAAACAUGUCUUCAAACAGGUCCUCUCCAGCCUGAAGGUGCCGUACGCACAGUGCAUUUGUGAGGCAGACCAAGAAAUAGCCUCCCUGGCUCGAAGUUGGAACUGUCCAGUGCUGUCUAAUGACAGUGACUUUUAUAUCUUUGACAUCCAGGCAGGAUUUCUGCCUAUCUCCCAUUUUCACUGGCAGAAAGUGCCUAUGCAACGCGGGAGCUCUAUAAGAUACAUUCCCUGCAAGCAGUACACCACAACAAGCUUCUGCAGACACUUCAACAUCAACAGAAAGGUUCUCCCGGUCUUUGCCUCUGUGGCAGGAAAUGACUACAUCAAGUUGCAUAACAUGGGUGUUUCCCUCAGGUGGGAAGAAUACACGUCAAUGAAAGGAAGGUUUGCCCGCUUCGACGGCUUGCUGAAUUGGCUGACCCCCUUCCAUGGGCAGAAGGAUGCCUUGGACUCUGUGCUCAGGCUCAUCAGUCAUAGUAACAACAGACAGAAAACAGGGGCUGUCCUCCAUGGCCUCUCCCUGGGCAUAGAAGAGUACCAUCUUCCCCCUAGUUGCCUGGAGCGGUUCUUCAACGAUGGAGUGGGACCAGGGCCCGGCCGUCUCCCAGAGCCUCUGAGGGUCCUUCCAGACUGGACCCUGCUGCCGUUGAUGGAAGGUAGACUUCCCUCCUGCAUGGUAGACGUGCUGCUGCUGGGAAGGAUGAUGCAGGGUGCCCAGGUGGAAGAUCCCAGCUUGCCAUGUGGGAACAACACCUCUCGGUACAUACGACAGGUACUCUACGGGCUGCUGCUGAGUGGGAGGACGGCAGACCACAGUAGUCAGAGACCCCCAGUUGAUGAAGUGGAGGAGUAUUACAGGGAAGGCAAGAGCCUGACCAGCAGCAUGGUUGAAGCCGUCCUGCCCAGUGCUGCAGAACAUAUACAGCUAGACACUCUGAAUCAGGCACCAAGGUUAGUGCAGCUUAAGGUAUUUUUGGAGACACUUGGUGUGUCCCAGUCCACUUUGAGCGGUGUUCCGCCUCAUCUGCGUCUUCCUGUGGCUGUCACCUGCUACUGGCUGAGACACGCCCACCCCCCUCCAGAACUCCCUGUCCUGCAGGCCCUGCUACUAGGAUUGGUGUACGGAGAGCUCUGCAGACAGAGGAAGAGCCAAAGAGGGUUUAUGGAGGGACCAGUGUUGGAGAGGCUGAUUCAGAGAGGUAGAAGGAGCCUAGACCUGGGUGUGGCCCACGCCUACAGCCAGUGGCAGUGCUGCCUGAAAGAAAGCCUUCACCUCAACCAACUGCUGUGCUUCCCAUUAGCCGAGCCUCAGUGUGCCUGGCUGUACAAGGGCACUCUGGUGCACCAGCUUGUGACCAAACUGAGAGGGGGGUUAACCCCAGAUUCUCUCCUGAUGGGAGGCCCUUGCUCUGGGCAGCUGUAUAGGGCCAUGCUGGGAGCCAUACUCAACUCCAAUGAUGCUCCUGUCAUCCCCUUGGUGUCUGGGCCACAGAGGGCCACACCUCCAUCCUUGACACAGCCACUGGACAAUCUGACGGCCCAUCUACACAUUCUGGCUCUUGAAUAUGAUGAUGAUGAUGGUGCUGCAGAUGGGAGCAAGGCCAAGCCAGAGGACGAUCUGGGUUGGACUUUGGUCUCAGUGCGGACCCGGCACAAGAGCAAGGACAGAUUCAACCGAUCUAGGAAUCCAGAAUUCUCCCGGAAGCAGGGGCGGAUCGGCUGGGAAUAGGGAGGGACCAUUAUAUAACUGUUUAGAUAUAGAGACGUUCUGCUCAACUCUUUAAGGUUUUUAUUGUUCUUAGGUGUGCUGUCGUAGCUGAAUCUGAAUUAGUUAGGUAACAUUGAUAAAUAAGAUGUUUUAUUUUUUCUCAUUAUAUGCUUCUCUAGGGAAAAGUCACUUGGGGCCCAGAGAGGGGAGAGGUCAGGCUUGUCUUUUACAUGUCUGGUAAUAGGCAGAAUAUAAGAAAGGGAGAUGUCAGGGUUGAACAGUCUUCAUAGUGAAUAUAUCUGUGAAACCAUGUGAAGGGCUCCACUAUGUCUGUACUCCAGUCACUCCCUCCUUUUCCCAUUGGGGGGAGGAGUGUGGCAGUGUCUGGAACCAUUGUAUGUCCCCUCUGAUGUUGAAACUUAUCUUUCAUAGUAUAUGACCUAGAGGCUCACUCCUCUCAGGGAGCUUGUCCAGGGGUGAGUUGUAUUUGAGUUGGGAGUAUCUAGAAUUGAAUUGAUAUAUGCCAAUGGACGAGGUAAUGUUUUGGUAAUAGGAAGUACCAAGAACGAGAAGUAGAACCUCGUCUUAGAGAGCAAACUGAACGAUAAUUUAUAGCUAAUGCUAUCUGGCUAUGGGAUACUCCUCUUUCAAGUAAAAUGCCCUUUGUGAAGUUCCUAAGAUCUGUGGUUCGUCAUUGUGAGUUGAGAGGGGUGCAUCUUGGCUAUAAAAGAUGAAGUAUUAUUUUGUAAGCACUCUGAGAAUUCAUUUAUAGACACUGAAUUGAUAUGAGAGUCAAAGGGCUAUGGUGAAGCUCAUAUUAUUAAAAUAUGAAGUUUAAAUUAUAA